GUUGGAUUUAUUCAUCACUGUAUAAAGACUCUGCUGUUUUUCAACAGGAGGGAAAAUAAAUUCCUCUCUCCUUUAAUUCCUUCUCAUCAUCUCUUCAGACUGAGCAGCUGUAACCUCUCAGAGAGAAGCUGUGAGGCUCUGUCCUCAGUUCUCAGCUCCCAGUCCUGUAGUCUGAGACACCUGGACCUGAGUGACAACGACCUGCAGGAUUCAGGGGUGAAGCUUCUGUCUGCUGGACUGAAGAGUCCACACUGUACCCUGGAGACUCUCAGGCUGUCAGGCUGUCUGAUCACAGAGGAAGGCUGUGCUUCUCUGGGCUCAGCUCUGAGCUCCAACCCCUCCCAUCUGAGAGAGCUGGACCUGAGCUACAAUCAUCCAGGAGACUCAGGAGGGAAGCUACUGGCUGCUGGACUGGAGGAUCCACACUGGAGCCUGGACACCCUCAGGGUGGAGCCUGGUGGAGUCCGAUGGUUGAGACCAGGUCUGAGGAAGUAUUUCUGUGAACUCACCAUCGACAAAAACACUGUAAACACAAAGAUCAAACUGUCUGACAACAACAGGAAGGCGACACACGUGGAGGAGGAUCAGUCAUAUCCUGAUCAUGCAGAUCAAUUUGACCACUGGCCUCAGCUGCUGUGUAGUAAUGGUCUGACUGGUCGCUGUUACUGGGAGGUCGAGUGGAGAGGAGAGGUUUAUUUAUCAGUGAGUUACAGAGGAAUCAGUAGAAAAGGAAACACAAACGACUUUUUGUUUGGAAGGAACGAUCAGUCCUGGAGUCUGUUCUGCUCUGAUGUUUAUGGUUACUCUGUUUGGCACAAUAACAGAGUGACAUCUGUGUCCUCGUCGUCCUCUGUCUCUCACAGAGUAUCAGUGUAUGUGGACUGUCCUGCUGGCUCUCUGUCUUUCUACAGAGUCUCCUCUGACUCACUGAUCCACCUCUACACCUUCAGCACCACUUUCACUGAACCUCUGUAUCCUGGGUUUGGGUUUAGUUUCUGGUCGUCUGGUUCCUCAGUGUCUCUGUGUUGAGAGUAGCAGAGAUAAGUGGAGCACAUCAGUAAGAAAGAAGCGUUUCACACAUCAACUACUGAGAAACAAGACUUUUCUCUCACAGGCCCAAACUGAGAUAAAUUGUGCUAUAAUCCUGAUGUACAUCUGUUAUCUAAGUACAUUGCACAUGACUGAGAGGACGAAUAAGACUUCAAUGUUCAGGGCUUAUCAAGGAGGUGGAGUGAGUGAAUGAAGCUGUGUUCUGUUAUCAGAGACUCACAGAAAAACUAUUUUAUUAUUAUUUAUUAUUAUUUUAUUAAUAGUUAUUGUUUCAAGAGAAAGACACAGAUGAAAGACCAUAUGCUGACACUGGUAAUGACAAGAAUUUCGAUGUGUAUAAAAACCUGUCUAAUAUAGAAUAUCAUAAAAUUCCCAAAUCCUUGCCCAGAUGGCAAGGAAUGUGGCUUUUCCAUACCACUCAAUUGAUCAGACUCUGCUCUUACUAGCCUAUACGAGACAUUUAGCACCUGCAGUCACAGCAUGAAUUCGUAUUUUAACAGAAGCUAAAUGUCACAGUUGCUACCAACUAGACCAGGGGUUUUUCACACAAGGAAAAAAUAACCUUUAAAAGUUUAGGAAAUGUAUUUUAUUUUUUACAAACCAGAUGCCACAAAAUAAUGAACAUAAGUGAACGCUACUUUUGUUUUUUUAUUCCAAAUCUAAUAUUCCUCCCCCUCUUCCUCUCCUUCGUCCCCGAUGCUGUCGGUUCCCACCUCUUCAUAAUCCUUCUCCAGAGCGGCCAUGUCCUCUCUGGCCUCUGAGAACUCUCCCUCCUCCAUUCCCUCUCCGACGUACCAGUGGACGAAGGCCCUCUUGGCGUACAUGAGGUCAAACUUGUGGUCCAGUCGAGCCCAGGCCUCGGCGAUGGCGGUGGUGUUGCUCAGCAUGCACACGGCCCUCUGCACCUUGGCCAGGUCUCCUCCAGGAACCACAGUGGGAGGCUGGUAGUUGAUGCCCACCUUGAAGCCUGUGGGACACCAGUCCACAAACUGGAUGGUGCGCUUUGUCUUGAUGGUGGCGAUGGCAGAGUUGACAUCUUUGGGAACCACGUCUCCACGGUACAGGAGGCAGCAGGCCAUGUACUUGCCGUGACGAGGGUCGCACUUCACCAUCUGAUUGGCUGGCUCGAAGCAGGCGUUGGUGAUCUCUGCUACUGAUAACUGCUCAUGAUAGGCUUUCUCUGCUGAGAUCACCGGGGCGUAGGUGGCCAGAGGGAAGUGGAUACGAGGGUAGGGCACCAGGUUGGUCUGGAACUCCGUCAGGUCCACGUUCAAAGCACCAUCGAAGCGCAGGGAGGCGGUGAUGGAGGAGACGAUCUGUCCGAUCAGCCUGUUGAGGUUGGUGUAGGUGGGACGCUCGAUGUCCAGGUUCCUGCGGCAGAUGUCAUAGAUGGCCUCGUUGUCCACCAUGAAGGCGCAGUCAGAGUGCUCCAGGGUGGUGUGGGUGGUCAGGAUGGAGUUGUAGGGCUCCACCACGGCUGUGGACACCUGGGGGGCUGGAUAGAUGGCAAACUCCAGCUUGGACUUUUUGCCGUAGUCCACAGAGAGACGCUCCAUCAGCAGAGAGGUGAAGCCAGAGCCGGUUCCUCCUCCAAAGGAGUGGAAGAUGAGGAAGCCUUGGAGCCCGGUGCACUGGUCAGCCUGCAGGAAAACAAAACAUCAGAAUUCCUCCCAUACCUGAUUUCACUCUCAACUCUAAUCUGAAAGUUUUGCAGCAAACUCACCAGUUUUCGAAUCCUGUCCAGAACCAGGUCGAUGAUCUCCUUGCCGAUGGUGUAGUGACCACGAGCAUAGUUGUUUGCUGCAUCUUCCUUUCCAGUGAUCAGCUGCUCGGGAUGGAAGAGCUGGCGGUAGGUGCCUGUACGGACCUCAUCUGUAAAUGGAAAGGACACAAUAAACUUCCAAAAUCCAUUUCAACCUACAGAACAAACUGCCAUUAAAAAAAUAAUAAUCUCACCUAUGACUGUCGGCUCCAAGUCCACAAACACAGCUCUGGGAACAUGUUUGCCAGCUCCAGUCUCACUGAAGAAGGUGUUGAAGGAGUCAUCUCCUCCUCCGAUGGUCUUGUCGCUGGGCAUCUGACCGUCCGGCUGGAUGCCGUGCUCCAGACAGUACAGCUCCCAGCAUGCAUUGCCUAUCUGUGCUCCAGCUUGGCCAACAUGGACAGAGAUACACUCACGCUGCAAGAGCCAGUGGUUCAGAUGUCAACAACUACAUGUAAACCUUUUUUUUAAAUAAAAAAUUAUCCCAGUCCACUCCACAAAGUUUACAGAUUUUUUUAUAUUUAUAUAUUUUUAUCAUGUGUUAAACCUUGUGUUAGGAUGUAUUUCCCUAAGAGAGGACUGUUACUUGAUGACAUGUGACUGAGCCAAACUAGAGUGAUCCCACAAUUUGGAGUACAGUAUGUUCACUUUUGGUUGCAUGAACAUUUUAAAAAGACAUCAAAGAGUUUGUCUCACUUUAGGUAAUUAGAAGAAACAUUUAAAAUCCCUCACCAUCCACUUAUGCCAUGGAGGGACCUUACUGUAUUACAGAAGGCCAUGGUGAGAUCAUGUUUGCAGCUUUAAAAUCAAACGUGUCCAACUAGCUUCUUACAGCAAACAGAAAGAGCAGUGCUGUCGCAAAAUCCCAAACAUUAAUAUUCACUGCAGGUGUUUUAUUUUCUCUGUCACACACUGUCUCUUUAGCUAUAAUGACUGAACACAAUUUAUUGAUAAACGAGGCUGCGGUGUCUAUCUCUCUGAGGUGUUUUGUCCCAUAAUUCAUAUACUGUAACUCGUGUGUGUAACUAAAACAUAAAAUUAAAGAAGUCCUCACCAUG